CAGUUUCACACUGCCAACCACACACUACACAUAAGAUAAUGUCCAUUAAGUUUAUGUCUGCUUUAAACGGAGCCUUGGAGCAACAGUAAAUAUGUCUUUGUGUGUGACCUGUAGGUUACGUGAUCGAGUCGUACAAGCAGCCAAUUAUAAUGCUUGCAUUAGGGUAGGCUGUCUACAUCACACCUCUUGGAGGACGAUCCUUCCUCAAACCCGGCAUAAAUGCGGGAUACUUUGUGCACCGGAGUUGCCCUUUAACCACACACCGCACUUAAGAUAAUGCUGAAUAUGCUUAUGUCUGCUUUAAAGGAGCUAGCCUUGAAGCAACAAUAAAGUUGUCUUCGUUUGUGACCUGUAGAUUACUGGUUCGAGACAUAGAAGAAGCCAAUAAUGCUUGCAUUAGUAGGCUGUCUACAUCACACCUCUUGAAGUAUGACCCCUUUCUCAGACCCGACAUAAAAUGCGUGAUGCUUUGUGCAUCCGGUGGCCCCUUUAACCACACACCACACUUAAGAUACUGUUGAAUAUGCUUAUGUCUGCUCUUACGUCAUCAAUUUACAAUAAAACAUGUACUAUAAAACAAGCAAUGUUGAAACAAUAUAGUAACCCCUAAGACAUACCAAAAAUUCUCUGAUCUUUUGACUAAUAUUUUACUACCAAAGGUAUCAAACAAUGGGUAUUCUCACAGUUCAGCCACAUUUUGUGUUAUUUCCUUUCAUGGCACAAGGUCACACUAUCCCUAUGAUUGACAUUGCGAGGUUAUUAGCACAGCGCGGAGUAAUAAUCACAAUCUUCACUACACACUUAAAUGCCACUAGAUUCAAGACAGUUGUUGAUCGCGCUAUAGAGUCAGGACUAAAGAUUCAAAUAAUUCAGCUCUAUUUUCCAAGCUUAGAGUCAGGACUACCUGAAGGAUGUGAAAAUUUCGACAUGCUUCCGUCUAUGGAUUUGGGGUUGAAUUUUUUCGAUGCCACGAAAAAACUUCAACCCCAAGUGGAAGACUUGUUGCAAGAAUUGAAUCCAUUGCCAAAUUGUUUAAUAUCUGAUAUGUGUUUCCCUUGGACUACUAAUGUUGCGCAAAAAUUUAACAUCCCUAGGAUUGUUUUUCAUGGGAUGUGUUGUUUCUCUUUAUUGUGUUUACAUAAUUUGAGAGAUUGGAAAGAGUUGGAAAAUAUAGAGUCUGAUAAAGAGUAUUUUCAAGUGCCUGGAUUAUAUGACAAAAUUGAACUAAGCAAAAUUCAGCUUGCAAAUAUUGUUUGGCCAAGAGAUUCAUAUUGGAAAGAAUUAGGGGAUCAAAUGAAGGAAGCAGAGGAUGAAGCUUAUGGGAUAGUAGUGAAUAGUUUUGAGGAUUUAGAACAAGAAUAUGUCAAGGGAUUGGAAAAGGCCAAUGACAAGAAAAUUUGGACUAUUGGCCCUGUUUCGUUAUGCAAUAUAGAGAAACAAGACAAAGCUGAAAGAGGGAACAAGGCUUCAAUUGAUGAACACCAAUGCCUAAAAUGGCUAGAUUCUUGGGGAAAAAACUCUGUACUCUUUGUUUGUCUCGGAAGCCUAUCGCGGCUUCCAACACAACAAAUGAUAGAGCUUGGGAUUGGUUUUGAAUCGUCGAAACGACCCUUUAUUUGGGUUGUUAGACACAUGUCAGAUGAGUUCCAAAAAUGGUUAGUUGAAGAAAAUUUUGAGGAAAGAGUUAAAGGACAAGGAAUUCUAAUCCAUGGUUGGGCACCACAAGUACUAAUAUUGUCUCACGCUUCAGUUGGUGGAUUUUUGACGCAUUGUGGAUGGAAUUCGAGUCUGGAAGGAAUAUCAGCUGGCGUGCCGAUGAUCACUUGGCCAUUGUUUGCUGAGCAAUUUUGCAAUGAGAGGCUAAUAGUGAAUGUAUUAAAGACAGGAGUAAGGGCUGGGAUUGAGAAUCCUGUGAUGUUUGGUGAGGAAGAAAAAGUGGGAGCACAAGUAAGUAAAGAUGAUAUUAAGAAGGUAAUUGAAGAAGUAUUUGGUGAAGAAGAGGAAGCUGAAAUGAGAAGAAAAAGAGCUAAAGAACUAGGAGAAAUGGCAAGGAAGGCUGUGGAGGAAGGGGGUUCCUCUUACUUCAAUUUGACACAAUUGAUUCAAGAUGUCACUGAGCAAGCUAAAUUUUGAAAAUCCAUCUAGGAUUACAAAAAGUUGGCUUAGGAGAGGUGCAAUGUAUGCCAUAUAGUUCAAAUCAAGUUGUGAGUGAAGUUAAGUUACUUUAAUGUUAAAAAAGAAUAUUUUUGUGACAUUAUUGUUAUAGUGGAUAAAAUUACACAUAUAUUCCCUCCGUUUACUUUUA